AUGGCAGAGCGACGCCUUGCUCUACUCAUUGGACAGAGAUCCUCCGUACUUGGAUUUUCAGACACUAAGUACUGUGGUCAAGACGUCGACAAGCUGGCAUGGGCCUUGGAAACGCUUUGUGGGUUUAGGGUCUUAUGCCUCAUAGAUGCGGAGAAGGCUGAUUUCCGGACUCUUCGCAAGCAGUUUAUGCAAAAGCUGUCCGGAGAGAAGGGCGCUUUAGCACUCGUGUACUAUGCCGGGCAUGGCGUGUGCAAUCAAGGAAUAGCGUAUUGGAUUCCGAUAGAUGCAGAGAAGGACAAGCCGUCGACAUACCAGCCUGUCAACGAGUUUUUGCAACCCUUAUGCAGUAUGGUCUCCCAGUGUUUAUCAGCCAAGACUGCAGCUGCGUCAGCUUCAGCUUCUCCAGCGCCUGGAACACGACUAGUCGUCAUUCAAGACUGCUGCAGGGAGAUUGUCUCGUCGGAGGCAGCUGACGACAGUUUUGUGAAGAAGCUGCAGCAGCUGUUUUUUGAACACAGAAUAGACUCGCAAGUCUGUCUGGUAUCUGCCUGCAGUGAGGGACGGCUUGCCGAAGAGAGUGAUUCCCAGUCUCACGGCCAGUUUACUGCAGCUUUCCUCGAUGCUUUGGAGACACCGGGUUUACUUUGGUACAAGCUUCUGGAAGACAGCCGGAAGUUGUGUCUCCGUCGCACAGGGAGGCGCCAACAGCCGUGGUGGAAUUGCAGCGGAGAUUUCUCUGAAGUUAUCUUACAUCCCGAAUCUAGCCUCAGCGCUGGGUACUUUUUUGCUCACACCUUGGCUAUUGAGACGGAUGCUACAGGAAUCGGCUCAGCAGAAGCUCUGUUGCGCGGUCUUGCCAUCGAUCUGCGUGGUCUGUCAAAUGGAGCACACAUGUCUUCUACUUCGCAUUCUGCUCGCAUUUCAGAGAAGGCUCUUUCUAUCGGGCGGAAGCUCAUUCAGCAAGCGUCCGGGAAUGCUUCACGGAAUUUGCUCAGCAGCUGCUACCUUUUGAAAGUCAUCGGCCGCAUGCUGCCCGAUGGGAUACCAUUGCUGCAGACAGCUGCUGAGAUACGUGUUCGAAGCUUUCUGCAUGAUUGCCUGCACAGGUACACUGAGUCACCAUUGUCAUCACCGGCCGCAGGGGUGAUCCGGGAAGCCCAUGAAGCCAUGGACACAAAAGUAGGCGCAGAGGAUCAGAUUAUUCCCGAAUCAGCCAGGGCCAGCGAAGACUCUCUUUUUGAGCUGGUAAAGCUGCCUGCCCUCUCCAUCUUGCGCAAGACUUCGGAUGACAUCGGCAACGAUUUUCAGGAAGCUGCAGCGCAGCUGAACGAA